GUGUCACAAAAAUGCAUGCAGGACACAAACACCUUUCUUUCGGAAAUACACAAAGAUGAACCAAGCAAAUACGCAGUACUAAUGUAUGAUGCCUUUGGCAAACUUGGCAGUGAUAUUGAAGGAGGAAAUGUGAACCGGCCUGGAUCGCUUGAAGAAUGCCAGUUAGUCAAUGGACCUGGUUUCAGCGGGCAAUAUUGCCAUGUCUUUUUAAAGCAGGAUGAGACCCAGUACUUCGUUGGCAUAUGUGUCCCUGAUUCAUGUGACAAAGAAGAAGUUCAGACGCUAGUUGUUUAUGAGACAUUCCAGCAAGAGGGGCAGUCUCUGAUCCCCCCUAUCCCGCCCCCGAUUCGGACCGAGUCCACGCAAGGCAUCUACACGACAGAGUGCUUCACCAAGAUCGCUCCAGACUUUGCCAUCAUCAUUAGCUUGUUUGUGUGCAGCCUGCUGAUCGCCGUGCCUCUCGCAGCAACCGCGGGCAUUGCCGUCAUCAGAUGGAAGAGGCGGAGGGAGGUCGGCCCGGGGGUCGACUCACCACUGAGCGCGACCCCGAACCACUACGGGACCAUCCUGUCCAAUGGCACCCCCAAGGCCAGCACGAAUGGCUGUGCAGCUCGGGAGGCAACGCAGAUGGAGUUCGGCAACACCAGGGAAGACAAAAGCAAAAAAAGUCGUCUGUACACCUUCAUGGAGACCAUGUCACUACAGAGCAACGCAGUGGGGGUGUGGAACAUGGCGGGCGGGGGAGAGAGCUACUCCUCUCUGAACGGGAUCCGAAUCCUGAGCCUGCUCUGGAUCAUAUGCGGCCACAAUGUUCAGUUCAGCGCCUCCAACAACUUUGAUAAUGAUAAGAGGUGGAGAGAGGCAGUGGACAAUAACCCUCUCUAUUUAUGUAGCUUCAGUGGGCCAGUCUACCUAGCUGUUGACUCCUUUCUCAUCUUGGGAGGACUCUUGAGUGCAAAGUCGUUCAUGGCCUCCGUUCAGAGUGCAGGUGACACGCUAAGUGCACGGCUCAUAGUCAGCUACCUGUUCAAGAGGUUAAAAAGGGUCCAGCCGCUCCACAUCUUCAUUGUGUGCCUGACCAUUGGCGGCUUCUCCAUUGUUCCGAGGGGCUCCUUCUGGUUCAUGGCAGCGGAUGAGAUUGCCAACUGCAGGAAGUACUGGUGGUCAAACGUGCUGCUCAUCAACAACCUGCUCACCGUCACUGACAUUUGCGUUCCCUGGUCGUGGUAUCUCUCUGUGGACUUUCAGUUUUACGCCACAACUCCCCUGAUCAUCUACUUUUACAGACUGAACAAAUUCGCCCUGUUUGCCGUGGCUGCCAUCCUCCUGGUGAUCCCCAUCGUAGCCAGUGGCUUGAUCACAGCCUGGCUGCAGAUCCCAGUUCACCAGCCAACAACGAUGGAAUCUGAGGCCUUUUACGAGUAUUACUACAACAAACCUUGGACCAGGUAUGGACCGUAUUUGAUUGGGGUCCUUGCCGGAAUAUACAUGAAGACCAAGAAAGGUCACAUUGUAAAACACCAGUGGCAGGCUGCCUUGGGCUGGAUCUCCUCGAUGAUAGUCAUGGCGCUGGUGGUGUGGCUGGCGUAUGUCCUGCGGGCCAUCCCGGAUGAGCUCUCAGCGCCCCACGCUGUCUACCAGGGGCUGCACCGCACCCUGUGGGCGCUGGCCGUGUCCUGGAUCAUCCUGGCCUGUGAGGAGGGGUAUGGAGGAUUCAUCAAUAAGCUUCUGUCAAUGAAGUUUUGGAUUCCAUUGUCAAACAUCAGUUUUGCCUGCUAUAUGAUUCACCCCCUUCUUAUUGUCCUAUACAAUGGAGAACAGGAGACACCUACACACUAUACCAGCUACAACUAUUUUUACCUGUUCCUGGGGCACACGGUCAUGUCAGUGAUUAUUGGAUAUGUCCUGACUGUGCUGAUCGAAAAGCCAUACAUGUUCCUGAAGAGAUGUCGUGGAUAA